CUCCUCUCCCCUUCUUCCGCCCGACCGGUCGCUAUUAUUGAAUCUACCCCCCCUCCCUCCUCUCCCAAAUUCCCAUCCACUUAAUACUAAGGCGGGCUUGGGCUGAAAAAAGCACACGCUUGGCCUGUGGUUGGCUCGGGAUUUCUCCAGUCCAGUGCCCACCGUGAUGUCCACUACUGCCCCAUCCACUGCGUCGCCUUCGGUCGUCCGCAGUCACUCGACUUCCUCCCGAACUCCCUCCUAUCGUCCUCCUUCAUCCGAGCUUCCUCACCGUACUCGAAGUGUCGCUGUUCGACCCGCGACAGCCUCCCAACCACAACAUCAACCGCCACCUUCCCCGUCGCAAUACCACUAUCAACCCCAUUCUCGUCACGCUCAUACCCACUCCAAAUCUCAGUCAUAUGAUCGUCGUCCUCCCCCAAAUCAGGCUGUUUUCGACACCAUAGCCCGUCGAGAUUUCGAGGCUUCUCGCGGAGCUCACCCCAUUACUCCCCGAAGGGAAUCCUCGCGGGACCGUUCUCAAGAGCGCCCAUCCACCUCUUACCGCCCCGAAUCCUCCUCCAACAGACACCAAAGAAAUUUAUCCGUGCAGGGCCAGCAACGGGACAGUAUUGAUAUGGCGACCGCGGGCCCCGUCAUGCCAGAGGGUGUCGCAGGACAGCCUCAGGCUGCCGCCGCUCAUUUACAUCCGGCUAAUCCCGUCCCGUCAAGGCGUCGCACAAUGAUCACCACGCCGACGGGUCAGUGGGCGCUGGGUAAGACGUUAGGCGCCGGCAGCAUGGGUAAAGUCAAGGUUGGGAAAAAUAUGGACACUGGGGAACAGGUUGCCGUCAAGAUCGUACCUCGGCAAUCGACCGAAGAGCACCGUAGCUCGCGCGAGGCCGAACGAGCAGAUCGCUCGAAGGAGAUUCGAACGGCGCGUGAAGCAGCGAUCGUCAGCCUCGUCAACCAUCCAUACAUUUGCGGGAUGCGCGAUGUAGUACGGACCAACUACCACUGGUACAUGCUCUUUGAGCUCGUCAACGGUGGUCAGAUGCUAGAUUAUAUCAUUUCUCAUGGGAAACUCAAAGAGAAGCAGGCCCGCAAGUUCGCCCGUCAGAUCGCAAGUGCUUUGGACUAUUGUCAUCGCAACAGCAUCGUGCAUCGCGAUCUGAAAAUCGAGAACAUCCUUAUCAGCAAGACUGGAGACAUCAAGAUCAUCGAUUUUGGCCUCAGUAAUCUCUUCUCUCCUCGAAGUCAACUCAAGACCUUCUGUGGUAGUCUUUACUUUGCUGCCCCCGAGCUGCUGCAGGCAAGGCAAUACACGGGUCCCGAAGUGGAUGUUUGGAGCUUUGGAAUUGUCCUCUAUGUCCUCGUCUGCGGCAAAGUGCCGUUUGACGACCAGAGCAUGCCCAAGCUGCAUGCUAAGAUCAAGCAGGGCGUCUUCGAGUACCCUCCAGGGCUCACUGCAGAGUGCCGUCACAUAAUCUCGCGCAUGCUGGUCACCGAUCCGAAACAGCGUGCAAGCCUGGCCGAGAUCAUGAACCAUCCUUGGAUGAACAAAGGCUUCAGUGGCGCCCCGGAAAAUUACUUGCCGUACCGCGAACCUAUAAGCCUACCUCUAGACCCUGAAGUCAUUGAGAAGAUGACGGGCUUCGAUUUUGGGCCCCCCGAAUACAUUACAGCACAGCUCACCAAGGUCAUCGAGUCUGAAGACUACCAACAUGCUGUGAAGGUGAGCGCCCGUGAACAGCCCGCUCCAAGCUAUACAGAAAAGAAGCGAGGAGUCUUCGACUUCUACAAGCGACGGAACUCCGCCAGCAGGGAUACGCUGUCCGCGCCGUCAGCGGAGGCCGUUCAAUUAGGCAACGAUCCAAUUAAUGCCUACAGCCCGCUAAUCUCGGUCUACUAUCUGGUCAAGGAGAAACUGGACCGAGAAAGAGCCGAAUCAAACCCGGGAGCACUAGGCGUCCCACACGCGGCAGGGGACUCAAUGCUCCAGAUGCCAGAUCUUCCAGCACCGGAGGCUGCCCAUACCAACCAAUAUCACGUUCCGGGUGAGAAAGAUAGCGGGAGAAGGUCGCGCCCCCGGGCGCGAACGCAUGGUGAUGAUGACUUGGCAGAUGGUAUCAAGAAUCUUCACCUUGGCCCGCAAACGGGACAUUCGCCGGGUCCUGCGUUGUCGCAGCCAGAAACCCCAGCGAAGAAAGAAAGCACGGCAGCAGGUAUUUUGAGACGGUUCAGUACGCGCAGGACAAAGGAGCGCAGCCGCGAUUCGGAACGUGGAAGACUUGGUAGUCCCCACACCCCGGCACUUAACGUUCAGCCACCCGCCGACUUGGCUUCGCCCCUAUCCAGAGGAUUCAGUGUCAAGAGAACCCGACGCGCAGAUCCAUCUCCAACAGCUGUUCCAUCCGGACUGAGUCCAUCUCAGCAAAACGAACUCCUCAAGGCCCCUGGAUCAGCGGAGCCGGCUGCGCGGUCUAACAAGUUUUUGGAGAGAUCUGCUAGCGUUAACUCGGCCGACUAUCGUCCUCGUCGUUCGCGGCGGAAUGAAGCUGACGUGACAGGCCAACCCCCGCCGAGCAGUGGAUCGGAUUAUGCCAACGUACAGAAGGAGCCGACGGCUGCGCGAGACACGAAGUUGGGUCGCGGUCAUACUGCGCGGACGAUGUCGCUAGGCCAUGCUCGUCGAGAAAGUAUCCAAGCUCGCCGAGCAAGACGUGAUGCUACGCGAGAAGCCAAUGUGCCUGAAGAGACUGACGCGGACAUUUCCGGUGCAGGCACUGCCUUGGAGAGUGCCAAUGAAGGAGAGGAUUUGUCCAAGCCUGUGUACCUUAAGGGUCUUUUCAGUGUCUCGACCACGAGCAGCAAACCUUUGCCAGUAAUUCGCGCCGACAUCAUUCGUGCUCUGAAACAACUAGGUGUCGACUACACGGAGAUCAAGGGAGGCUUUAGCUGUCGUCAUGCCCCGAGCAUUGACCUGGACACAGUGAUGGAUGUUGGGCCGCCCAGCCCGGACCGGCAGGGUCCUGUAUCAGGCCAUCGCCGGCGCAUCAGUUUUGGCGGGUUAUUGAGCCACGAUGAAGGCAGAGAGGAACUGCGCCAGACGCCCCGAGCUCAGCGUCGGGCUCGAGCGCCGCCGGAUCACAGCUUCGUGACCACACCCGAGGGAUCCGACGAGGAAGUGGCCCCACGGCCGAGUCGCGACAUCGGGAUGGUUGGAGAGCGUGUGAUGGGUGAGACAACAACCCGAGUCCAAAGUGACACAGGAGAAAACUUGGUGCUUCGAUUUGAGAUUCUUAUCGUCAAGGUUCCUCUGUUCUCGCUGCACGGAAUCCAGUUCAAGAAAGUGGCAGGUGGCAUGUGGCAGUAUCGCGAGAUGGCGAAGAAGAUCUUGGACGCCCUGCGACUUUGAGUGGAUUGAUUCAGAUGAUGCGUUAGUGACUAUUUGCGUGCUGAUUAACCUCGAAUGGAUCCACGAAGCAUUUGCAUGAGCAUGACGGUUUUCUUAUGUGGAGCAUUUCCUAUGUCAACUUUCGGUUCGCAUUACAUUUGAGCUGGCUCAUUUAUUUUAGGAGAUGUUGAUCAUGGUGUAUAUUAGACAUGCGCAAGGAGCAUCAUGGAUUCAGUGAAACAUGUCCUUGUGUUGUUAUUGACCAGUAUUGUGUAUUUCACCUCUUCUGCUUCGCUUAAUGCUCGAUGAGGGUACCUUUGUCUGGGACCGUUGAUUGUACAUAGGUCAUACAGGUAGGGUUGACAUUCCG